AAGGGUGUUCCAGACUCCGAGCUGUCUCUGAAGAAAGUUUAGGAAUUUGAUUAUUUUAAUUCGGUUGAAGACCAUGUUAAUUUUUCGAUGCAUCAUUUUGUGUUCCGUUGUUUUUUCUAGUACCUGGAGUUGUCCAGAUCUGGAUCCGUGUUCAUGUAGCUCUAAACCUGUUUUAACAAUAGACUGUUCAGACAGAAAAAUGUUCUUUCACGGCCAAGACAAUUAUAAUAAUUUUAGUAAAUUACAAGGAUUAUAUAUACAUGAAUUGAAUUUACGAAAUACAAAUUCAAUACUACCACCUCAGAUUUUUGUCGACUUACAAAUUCACAAAUUAGAUAUAAGUGAAAACAAAAAUAUCGAAAAUUAUAAAAACAUUCUUGAAAUAAUCGACGAUUCGUUAGAGGAAUUGAAUCUUAAAACAGCUUCUUUCUUGAGUCAAAGUGUUUUGAAGAACUUGGGUCGCUUUAAAAACUUAACGUUCUUAUCAUUAGAGGGGAAUAUGCUUAAUAUGACUAUUUUAGGAGAUACAUUUUCGAACUUCCAUCAUCUUCAAAAUCUUGAUUUAAGUGAUAAUACACUCAAUUAUCAAAUGAAUUCAAAUCCUUUUGAUGGACUAGAAAGUUUACAGGUUCUUCACCUAAAAUCUACAAAAAUAAGUUUAGAUAACACCAACAGUUUAUGUUUUCUUAAAAAUCUGACGUCUUUGAAUGUAUUAAACAUAGAUCGUAAUAACGGUGCCGGCGAGAUAAAAGUUGUUCCACUCUUUAAAGGCAAUAAUAUGUUUUCGCUCAAACGACUCAGUUUAUGCUCUAACAAAAUAGCGUUGUUCGAACAUACCGCAUUUCAAGGAAUAGAACAACUGGAGAUUUUAGAUUUAUCCGAAAAUUUAUUAAGGACAGUACCACUAUCAGUAACUUCAAUACUAUUUAAUCUUACUCAUCUGAAUUUAUCGUCAAACAAAAUUCAGUACCUAUCAGAAAGAACAUUUACAAAUUUGACAAAACUACAGUAUUUAAAUCUUCAAAGGAACAAAAUAAACAGCUUCCCUAGAUAUGCUUUCCUAGGAUUAGGUAACAGUUUACAGACACUCGACUUAAGCUCUAACAAGUUGAUAGGAGGGUAUUUCUGGGUUAUCGGACUAAUGGAUCUCCACUCGCUAUUAAAUCUAAAUAUUUCAUAUAAUUUCAUCAAACAUAUACAAAAUGAUUCGUUUGAUACCACAGCGUACCUACAAGUUUUAGAUAUAAGUGGAAACCCGUUAAUAUUUACUGACACGAUGUUCAGUGGGAUAGAAGCUAGUCUGAAAAAGUUGUUUGUCAAAAGUGUUGGUAUGGAACACGUGCCUUUAAUUCCUUUACAAACAAUAAGUGAACUAGAUGAUUUAGAUUUAUCUAAUAACAGACUCGAAUCCCUUCACAGUAUGUUUUUAACUGGAGUUAAAGCUAAGCAUAUUUAUCUGCAAAACAUGAAUAUUUCUGAGAUUUCAAAACUGGCAUUUACUGGAAUAAAAGGUCCGAUAUCAAUAUUUCUUGAUGAUAAUAACAUUUCUUCUCUUAGAUUUUUAGAAGAGUCAGUGUCAUGUUUUUUCUCCGAAAUAUCAUUAAGAAAUAAUCCAAUAAUUUGUGAUUGCACUGCAUUUUCCAUUUCCGCUUCGGGUCGACAUGGACAUGUGAUUGGAAAAUGCAUCAAUGAUGAUUUUGUUGGUAAAUCGAUUAAUAUGAUUAGCUCUGUGGAUAAAAAUCUUUGUGAAGAUCUGGAAGUUAACAGUGGAUGGUGCAGCAAAACUGGAAAAUUUAUCAGUAACAUCGCCAGUUUAAACAAUGGAUACCAUGCUGUGUUGUAUCUAUUGUUAAUGUAUUCAACAUUCAUUUUAAUCAGCUGAAACAGUUGUUGAUAACACAUAUGUGAUAAGUCCAAUGACUAGACCUUAAGGAGAAUUGCAUACAUGUGCUUAGCGUUAAACAAAGUCAUUUAUCUGUAAAUAUCAGGACUACAGAAGAGUUACUUAUGCAGUAUUCUUCUUUUGAGAAUCUAGUGACGUGCAAACACUUAGUGAAAUGGAAAUAUCCAAUGUUUAUACAGGCUGAUGAUAUGUUAAGAUUGAAUAUGAAUAUACCCUGCUUUUUAAUAUUCUAGCUCAUUAGUUAACAAUCUCCAGGGAAACAUAUCAUUACGACUCAUAUUUUGAUGUCAGAAGUGACAACUCUUUGCUUGAACUCCUAAAUACUGCAUGCUUGGCGGAAAAGCAGCAAACACCAAUUUCAAAAGUCUUUACUCUCACUCAGUCGAUGGUCGAACAACCCACCGCACUCAGGGCGAGCACACUACCACAAGACAACAGGGAAGGGUCUGUAAACACCGAGGAAGCUUGUCAAUUUGUUAAACAUCCUUCAUACUUUCAUUAAAAAUUCCCUAGAAACCCACGCUCACUUACGAAUUCACUGAAAGUUUUGAGCUAUGUGAUUAAAACCAUGCAUCUUGCAAACAGCCUUUUAAUCAUACCAAUACAGGUUUGUACGACAGGUUUUACAGAAUAAGGCAUUUCAAGUCAAAAUAUUCAAAUAUUCUUUUCUAAUAACGUGUAUUCUAGUCAAUUGUACUUCCAUAUCUACAGAAUGAUCAAUUUGCUUUAUCUUGGAAAGUGUGUAAAAGUUACAUACAUGUAAAUUAGUUUUUGAAAUUUCAUAUGCAGUACCGCUCUACUGGCAUUCAAAAUUUCGUAAUAUCUGUGAGAUCACCCAACUACGUACCUCUUACCCUUAAAAGAAUAAACCCAGAGAUUGUUUAUAUAGAUUGAUAUAUGGGGUCUUGAGAUCACUCCUUGAAAUAUAUUUAAAGUGUUCACAGCUUAUGCGUGAAUGUUGUAACGCCCCUGACUGCGACUGACCUUACUUUCAGAGCGAGGUUCAAGUAUAAACGUGAAACAAAGUAAACAAUUAGGUAGUGUAAUUGCUAGCACACUUACCUCGAGUAUGGUUGUGGGUUCGAUCCCUAGAUUGGUCUGUAAAUUUACAGAUUGUGUUAUAUACUCAAUCGUAACAAUUUUGAUUAAGUAGAUUCGUAUGCUGGGUGAUGUAUCUAGUGUAGGAGAUACUAACCCUGUCUAUACAUCGCUCUCGCUAUGUUAGAAGUUGAUGCGAUUCCAACUGUUGGUCGCGGCAUUUGUCAUUUACAAACUGAAGAGAAAAGAUUACCAGCCUUAUGUUUUUUUGCUAAAAUACUUUGCUGUAUAUAAAUAUACUAUAUAUUAUUUGUUUACCGGUUAAGUCAUUACGAAGAAUAGCAAAACAAGCUUGUGUUCUUGAUAUCUGCCGCUUAUGUCAUAUUUGUUGCUCAAAUUCCCAUAUUGUUGU